AUGGAGCGUUUUCCACUGAAGUCUUCUGUAUCUAAGAUGGGCACUACUUAUCAGUCUGUGUAUAAAAAGGGUACCAACGGUGGUCGUCAUGGUGACGAGGACACGGUAGAUAUCACCACGGGGCCUCGUGAGGUCCCCACGACCCCAACAAGCCACGGGACCUUCCAGCUAUACGACCACGGCAGGCCGAGCAACGCCAGCGCCAAUUCGUACAUCGCUCAGUACUUCAGUACGUCAACCGGGGACGCGGUUAUUUUCACCGGAAUGCAAGGUGAUACGGAUGAAAUCCCCGGCAUCGGGCAGUACGAUGACUUCCACACCAUCGACUGGCAGAGGGACAUCGCCAGGGAUCGCAUGCGGCAUCGAUACAUCGUGAAGAAGAGACAGGAUUCAAUCUGGAACCUCAUUAAAGGCGCUCAUGACGCGUGGUCGGGAUGGGUGUGCGUUCUUCUCGUGGGCGUGUGUACGGGAGUGGUGGCUGGCGUGAUCGACAUUGGAGCUUCUUGGAUGACGGACCUCAAGUUCGGGAUAUGUCCUCAAGCGUUCUGGUUCAAUCGUGAGCAGUGUUGCUGGUCCAAUGAUGAGAUAACUUUUGAUCACGGCAAUUGCUCGCAGUGGAUGACCUGGGCCCAGCUGUUCGGAGAGUCUAAAGAGGGUGUUGGCGCGUACAUCAUCAGCUACUUGUUCUACAUCGUUUGGGCGUUGUUGUUCGCGGCACUAUCAGCGUCUUUAGUGCGUAUGUUCGCGCCGUAUGCAUGCGGAUCUGGUAUACCGGAGAUCAAGACGAUUCUAAGCGGAUUCAUCAUCAGAGGUUACCUUGGCAAGUGGACGCUUAUCAUUAAAGUGGUUGGGCUUAUCCUAUCCGUAUCAUCAGGUUUAUCCCUCGGCAAGGAAGGACCGAUGGUCCAUAUCGCCAGUUGCUUAGGUAAUAUCCUGUCCUACCUUUUCCCUAAAUAUGGACGUAAUGAGGCAAAGAAACGUGAGAUUCUUUCGGCAGCAGCGGCUGCUGGUGUGUCAGUGGCAUUCGGUGCUCCCAUUGGUGGAGUACUCUUCAGUCUUGAAGAGGUCUCCUACUACUUUCCAUUGAAGACUCUGUGGCGUUCGUUUUUCUGCGCGUUGAUAGCCGCCUUCAUCUUACGAUCCAUUAACCCAUUCGGCAACGAGCAUUCCGUUCUAUUCUUCGUGGAAUACAACAAGCCCUGGAUAUUCUUCGAGUUGAUACCAUUCGUCGGCUUGGGAAUUAUUGGCGGUUGCAUCGCUACAAUAUUCAUCAAGGCGAAUAUUUACUGGUGCCGUUACCGCAAGUACUCCAAGUUGGGUCAGUACCCAGUGACCGAAGUGUUGGUGGUAACCCUAGUGACAGCUAUCAUCGCUUAUCCGAAUCCAUACACCAGAAUGAACACAAGCCAAUUGAUCUACUUGUUAUUCAACCAGUGCGGAAUAUCUAAUUCAGAUCCUCUGUGUGACUACAAUAGGAACUUCACCGAUGUCAAUAAGGCGAUUGAGAAGGCUGCCGCUGGUCCAGGAGUGUAUCAGGCUAUUUGGCUAUUAAUGUUGGCUCUGGUUUUAAAGCUGGUGAUGACAGUAUUCACCUUCGGCAUUAAAGUACCUUGCGGGUUAUUCAUACCAAGUCUCGCGCUAGGAGCUAUCGCUGGCAGGAUUGUGGGCAUCGGUGUGGAGCAGCUAGCGUACAAAUAUCCUAAGAUCUGGUUGUUCUCUGGUGAAUGUUCUACUGGGGACGACUGUAUCACGCCGGGCUUGUACGCUAUGGUUGGUGCUGCGGCUGUACUCGGCGGUGUUACUAGAAUGACUGUGUCUCUAGUCGUGAUAAUGUUUGAAUUGACCGGCGGUGUGAGAUAUAUAGUGCCGUUAAUGGCUGCUGCUAUGGCGUCGAAAUGGGUUGGCGAUGCGUUGGGACGUCAGGGUAUAUACGAUGCUCACAUCGCGCUGAACGGAUAUCCGUUUUUGGAUAGCAAGGAUGAGUUCCAGCAUACGUCACUAGCCGCUGACGUGAUGCAGCCCAAACGUAACGAGACCCUCUCCGUCAUAACUCAAGAUUCGAUGACCGUUGAUGACGUGGAGACACUGCUGAAAGAGACGGAGCAUAACGGAUAUCCGGUUGUCGUGUCCAAGGAGUCCCAAUACUUGGUCGGAUUUGUACUCAGACGAGACCUCAACCUAGCCAUAGCCAACGCCCGUCGUACAGUGGAAGGUAUAACCGGUCAGUCAGUGGUUGUGUUCGCGGGUUCUCCACAGCAAGGCGUGAUGUCUCCACCACAGCUGAUGCUGUCCAGGAUCCUCGACAUGGCUCCCAUCACUGUGACCGACCAGACACCCAUGGAGACUGUCGUUGAUAUGUUCAGGAAGCUAGGAUUGAGGCAGACACUCGUCACACACAACGGACGACUUCUAGGAGUUAUCACAAAGAAGGAUGUAUUGAGACAUGUCAAGCAGAUGGACAAUGAAGAUCCUAACUCUGUUCUAUUUAACUGA